AUGGAACUGCUCGAGCUCGCCGGAGCUUCGACCGGAGGGAGAGGGACGGCAAGGGAGACCGGAGGGGGCACCGGAGCGGCGGCGGACGGUGGCGCCGGCGGCUGGGUGGCGCGCGGGCGAGGCGCGGUGGAGCGGCGAGGCGGCGGCGCGGCGCACGGGAGCGGGAAGGCGCGCGGGCUCGGGGGCCAGCCACGGGCCCGGCGGGCCGGCGGCGCGCGCGGCGGUGGGGCACCACGUGGCAGCGCGUGGGUGGCUGGAGGCGGCGGCGGGAUUGUCUGGUGUGGUACGGACACGUCCGGUGGCGCCGGAGGCGAUUUCUAG